AUGCCCGACCCACACCGCUACAUGCCGCACUCCUUUCUCAAGGUGGACACCACCAGACUCGACCAGUGGCGCUCGGCUCUAGACGACGCCGCCACCGACGCCGUGCGGGUCCUCAACUCCCACCGCCCGCGCGACCAACACCUCGCCCUGGACCAGGUCCAGACUGAUGGUGUGCAGGUCGGGCGCGCCCUGGCCUUCUCCGGCACCAUCGAGCUGGCCGACCACCACCACCCUCCACACCCCUCGGCCUACACCUUCACCCAGCACUCGGACUUCAUCCACCUCCAGCCCGUCCAGCCCCUCUCGCCGCUGUGGGCACUGCCCUCUCCCAGCGCUUCGCUGAAAACUGAGCCCGUCUAUCAGCUCCCCCAGCCCGACGAGGACCCCGUGUUCCCCUGA